AUGGCGUUACACGGCAAAAGAAAACGAAUAAGUCAUAUUUUAACGAACUCACAGAUUCCGAACAGCCAGUCCACGCUGCCCUGCACCCCUCAGAACGGGACGUUUUCUCAGGAAGAUGGGCGGAGCGGCCGUUUUGUGGAGGGCUCUAUUCUCCGCAUCACUAUGCAAAACUUCCUCACGUAUGAUCACUCAGAGGUUUUCCCUGGACCUCACUUGAACAUGAUCGUGGGAGCCAAUGGCACUGGCAAGUCCAGCAUAGUCUGUGCCAUUUGCCUUGGACUGGCAGGGAAGACUGCCAUUCUGGGCCGAGGGGAUAAGGUCAGUCUGUAUGUUAAGAGAGGAUGCAGUAAAGGCUCAGUCGAAAUUGAACUAUACAGGGCAGGGGGAAACUUGGUGAUCAACAGGGAGAUCCAUGUGGAAAAUAAUCAAAGCAUAUGGAUGAUGAACGGUAAACACUCAAGUCAGAAGGCUGUAGAAGAAGCAGUCAGAGAGCUGCAGAUUCAGGUUGGAAAUCUUUGUCAGUUCCUGCCUCAGGAGAAGGUUGGAGAGUUUGCUAAAAUGAGUAAGAUCGAGCUCCUUGAGGCCACAGAGAAAUCUGUUGGCCCACCAGAAAUGUACAACUUUCACUGCGAGCUUAAGAGCUACCGCACCAAAGAGAGGGACCUGGAGAAUUUGUGCAAGGAGAAGGCCAACUUUCUGGAGAAAGCCAAACAGAGGAAUGAGCGCAAUAAGGUGGAUGUGGAACGGUACCACAUGAAGAGGAGACACCUGGAUAGGAUUCAGAUGUUGGACAAGAAGAAGCCAUGGGUGGAAUAUGAAACAGCUCGUAAAGAACUGGAAGAAGUUAAGAAGCAGAGAGAGGAAAUGAAAAAAACUGCUAAGUCCUUGAAGGAAGCUCAGGCACCUCUGCUAAGAAAGAUCCAGUCUAUAGACAAUAAACUACAGCCUAUUGAGAAUCAAAUGAAGGAGAAGACCAUUAAAAUCAGAGAGGCAUCACAAAAAUGCAAACAGAAGCAAGACCAUCUAGAUCGGAAAUAUAAGGAGAUUGAUGACAUCAAGCAAGCCCUUAGCCUGAAACAGACGGAGGAGGCAGACCGGCAGAAGCGAAUUGGGAACACAAAGCGAUUGAUCCAGGACCUGCAGAGAGAUCUAGACAACAUGGGCAGCCAAGAAGAUGUUACACCCAAGAUUGAAGCAGUUAACACUGAGCUCAGGAGAAUCCAGGAAGAGAAAGCCAGGCUGGAUGGAGAGCGGCAGGACCUGCGCAGGGAUAAAGACGAGGCCAAUGGAGAGCUGAGACGUCUGCAGAGUCGCCAAAGGAAUCUAGAGGACAUGAUGAACAGGAAGGAGGAAAAGCUGCGCAGCCGAUUCCCUGACACCCAUUCAGCCGUACUAUGGUUGAGAAAUCACCGUGAUCUCUUUGAGGGGAACGUCUAUGAGCCCAUGAUGCUAGUGAUCAAUGUACGAGAUUCACUGCACGCGAAAUACAUUGAGAGCCACAUUCCUGUAAACGAUCUGAGAGCCUUCGUCUUUCAAAAGCAGCAGGAUAUGGAGAAGUUCAUGACUGAGGUUCGAGAUAAGCAGAGACUGAGAGUUAACAGCGUCAUCGCACCUGCAGAGUCCUGUGCUAACCGGCCUCCAUCACGACCCAUCGACUCCCUCAAGCGCUUUGGGUUUUUCUCCUACCUCCGAGAGCUGUUUGAUGCACCUGAAGAGGUCAUGAGUUACCUGUGCCAUCAAUACAAAAUCAAUGAUGUACCUGUGGGCACAGAGAAAACCAAGAGCAUGAUAGAGACGGUGAUAAAAGAAUCUCAGCUGAGGAUGAUCUACACAGCAGAUGAGAAAUACACAGUGAAGAAAUCUGCUUAUUCCAACAAGACCAUCUCUAGUAACUCCGCCCUGCGCCCCUCUCAGUUUCUCACCAUAGCCAUUGACGCCGAGGAGAGACAACACUUAGAAGAACAGCUGGGUGCGGCUCAGCAGCAGGUUCAGAAAAUUGACGCCCGCAUGAAAGCUGCUGAGGAGCAGCAGGUCAAACUGGAACGCCGUGACAACGAGCUCCGCACUGAGAAGAAGCAUCUCUCCGAGUUAAAGGGCAAGAAGAGACAGCUAGAGCAGAGAAUCAGCACUAAGCAGGACAGCCUGAGGCAGAUGGAGCAGGGUGGAAUAAACCUGCAGGAAGCUGAGGAGGAGGCUAAGACCAAAAUCUCACAUGUAAAUGACCAGAAGGUUGCUAUUGUGGAGGAGAUCCUGAACUCCAUGAAGUUUAGAGCAAGGCUAAGCAUGGAGAAAGUUUUCCUGGCUCUUGAGUCAGCAGGUCUAACAGCAGAGAAAACCAAACUGGAGUCCGACCUCAGGGAUGGGUCAGCCGAACUCAGGAGAGCAGAGCAAGCAUUUACUGAACUGGACCAGAGGAAGACGAGUCUUUUGGGGACAUGCAAGAACUUAAUGAGGAGAGCCAGUGACAUCUGCAACAUGAACCCAGGAGAAACUGUAGUUCCAGAGAUACUGCGCACGGCUUUUAGUGAGCUGCCGGAUACUCUGGAUGAAAUAGACGCCAUGUUGAGUGAAGAGAGAGCCAGAGCAGAGUGCUUCACUGGGCUUAGUGAAACAGUAGUGGAGGAAUACAACAAGCGAGAAAAGGAAAUAAAGAACAUGGAGAAGGAGCUGGAAGAAAAAACGAAUGCUUUGAAUACAUACAGGCAGAACAUCUCUGAGGCAAAGGAGCGCUGGCUGAAUCCCUUGAAAUCACUGGUGGAGCAGAUUAAUGAGAAGUUCAGCAAUUUCUUUCGCUCCAUGCAUUGUGCUGGGGAAGUUGACCUGCAUUCAGAAAACGAGGAGGAGUAUGAUAAGUAUGGGAUACGUAUCAGAGUGAAGUUCCGCAGCAGCACUCAGCUACACGAACUGACCCCACACCAUCAGAGCGGUGGAGAGCGCAGUGUUUCCACGAUGCUGUACCUCAUGUCCCUGCAGGAACUCAACCGCUGCCCCUUCAGGGUCGUCGAUGAGAUCAACCAGGGCAUGGACCCAGUGAAUGAGAGGAGAGUUUUUGACAUUGUGGUGAAGACUGCCUGCAGUGGAAACACGUCACAGUAUUUCUUCAUCACACCUAAGCUUCUACAGAAUUUGACAUAUGCGGAUGAGAUGACAGUCCUCUGCGUGCAUAACGGCCCCUAUAUGCUCCCACCAAAUAAGUGGAACGACAAGGCUUUUAUCAGGCGAGUCAAACGGAGGACCGACCAAUAAGCCUGUUGUACUGGCUAACACUUUAACUAUGCACAAAAUAUCUGCUACCAUUUCUUCAUCAAAAUGCCAAUACCACAAUA